AUGGUUGCCAUUGACCAGCCGCUCUACGGCAAGCUCAGCGACAUCUUCGGCCGCAAGCCCUGCCUCCUCUUCGCCUACUCCGUCUUCGCCCUUGGCUGCCUGGGCUGCGGCCUCGCGCGCUCCAUGGGCGAGUUGUGCGCCGCCCGCGCCGUUGCCGGCAUUGGCGGCGGCGGCAUGAACUCGGUUGUGUCUAUCCUGCUGAGUGACUUGGUGCCGCUGCGCGAGCGCGGCGUCUGGCAGGGCUAUAUCAACAUCCUCUGGGCCGCGGGAACGUCAACGGGGGCGCCUCUGGAUGGUCUGUUAGCGGACUCGAUUGGUUGGCGAUGGUCUUUCCUAGGCCAGGUUCCCCUGUGCUUCGUCGCCUUCUUCGCCGUCUACUUCGUCCUCGAUCUGCCGCCCGUCUCACACGACCACUGGCUCACUAGGAUGCGCCAGAUCGACUUCCUCGGCGCCUUCACUCUCGUCGUCGCCGUAGUAGCCUUGUUAGUCGGCCUCGAUUCCGGCUCCAACCUUGGUUGGACUCACAUCAUCACCAUGAUCGCCCUCUCUCUGACCCCAGCUCUCUUUGCCCUCUUUGUGUUUGUCGAGAUCAAAGUGGCUUCCAAUCCGUUCGCGCCAGGCCAUAUCAUCUUCGACCGCAGUUUGUUUGCCUGCUAUCUCGCCAACUUCUUCGGCGUGGCGGGACAAAUGGCCAUCAUCUUUUCCAUGCCCCUGUUCUUCCAAGCCGUUCAGGGAAACAGCGCGACCCAGAGCGGUGCCUUGUUGGUGCCGGGAAUGAUUGCCGGUGUCCUUGCUUCCCUCUUCGGGGGAUGGUGGAUAAAACACACUGGGAGGUUCUAUUGGGUCACGGUAUCGGGGUAUGGAGUGCUACUCUUCGCACUCCUGCCCUUAAUCCUGUCGGUAUUGUUCAGGUCUACCCCUGGUGAAGUACUGGGGCUCGUGAUCACGUCCCUCGGAGCUGGAUGCGGCAUUACCACUACCCUCGUUGGUCUCCUCGCCAACGCUGCCGUUGAGGAUACAGCCGUAGUCAUCGCGUGCUCAUAUCUCUUCCGCUCCCUCGGUUCCAGCAUCGGUAUCAGCACUGGCUCGGCAGUCAUCCAGCAAGUCCUCCGAACACAGCUCGCCGCUCGGCUGCCAAACGGCGAUGAGGCUCAUGGGAUUGAGGACAAGGUGCGCCAAAACUUGGACUACAUCAAGGAGCUGCCACCACACAUCGCGGACCAGAUUAGGUCGAGCUACCAAGCAGCUACCUUGGGUGCAUUUGCACUGAUCCUGUUGUACCUAACUACUUCGUUCCUCGUUACAUUCUGGAUCAAGGAAAGGCCGCUAAAGAGGUAA